AUAGAUUUUUUUUAAUUAAAAAAAAUCCAAAGUUGUUUAACAAUGUUUAUUGUAAUGCACUAUAAUCACGAUUGACAAAAGUUUUUUUUAAUACUUACGGUGUUAAAAAAAACUAAACAAAGGUAGGCUUGGCAGGUAGGUUAUAAAUCUCAUUAUAAUAUUGUAGCCUAUAUUAAUUAGGGGUACCUAAUGAUUUAUUUUAUUUAGAAUUUUUCAGUCAUGUGACCAACAACACCAAACAAACAUGUACAAUCUUGAAGCAAAAGAAGAUUUAGCCAUUAACUCAAAGCUGUUGUUAAAUUCAGACGAAGACACGUUAGAGAAUUUUUUCCUUGAGCACGGUUUUAGUCCAGAUUACGUGCAAGACAUGAUCAGGGCUGUUCAUGAGUGGUACAAUAAAGAACCACAUUUACCAGCAGGCCAAAUACACGAUCAAAUGAUUGCUAGACUACUAAUCGCGAGAAAAUUCAGUAUUGAGAGAGUGAAACAGAAAAUUGACAAUUAUUUCACUGUGAGACACAAAAUGCCAGAACUUUUGAGGAACAGAGACCCAAUGGCACCACAUUUGAAUAAAGUUUUAAAAAGUGGAUUUUGGAUAAUAUUGCCCCAGAAAACGCCAGAAAACCAUCGAGUUACAAUGUUUAGAGCACCGUAUAGCGAAGGAGUUAUCAUAUCAGAUUGUUUCAAAGCGAUCUUCAUGAUGAUUGACUACAGAAUAUGGAACGACAGUGUGAUAUUUGAACAAAUCAUUUUUGACUAUAGCAAUGCUACAUUUUUACCAACAGUGAUGAAGCAGCUAACUCCAGCACUCAUAUGGAAAACUGUACAUUAUUUAUCUGAAUGCCUGAGCCCUAAUAUAAAAGGCAUACAUAUUAUAAAUCUACCUUCGAUUGCCGCACAUGCUCUAAAUUUCAUAAAAAAAAUGAUCAAGCCAAAAGUCGCCGAAAGAAUACAUGUUUACAAGAACGUCCAAGAGGUUUUUAAUAAAUUUCCGAAAGACAUCAUUCCUAAGGAUUUGGGUGGGACCUAUGAUGCUACAUGCCAAGACAUCGCCGAUGCUUGGGAAAGAACAUUAUGUACACCACAGUGGAGGAACUAUUUUAUACAACAAGAUUCAAUACAUACUGAAGAAUCCAAGAGAACGACGAAGAGAAAUUUCCUGGACGAUUAUGGUCUCGACGGCUCUUUUACGAAACUUAAUAUUGAUUAAUUUCUAUUUAUUUAUUAUAAAUGUAAAUAAAAAAAACACAAACAAUAUUAUAAGGCGUGGUGGCGGCGUCACAAUCGCUUGGGAUGUGGAUGACAAACAAUUGAAUUUCACACAAGUGUCCUGACUGUCCUGCGUACGUAGCCGAAUGGCACAAAAGCUCAUGAAACGCUCACGAAACGAAACGCUCGUAGAUAUCUAUCUCUAUCGCUCUUGCGUAUUGGCGCGACAGAGC